AUGUCAUCUACCAUUUUUUACAAGUUUCUACACCAGAAGGUUCAGUCGACGAUACAUUUCGAUGGUACCGGUAUAUCGGUGUUCGACUUGAAGUUUGAAAUCAUCCAGCAGAACCAUUUAGGUGAUGGGUCAGACUUCAACUUAUUGUUAUAUCAUCUGGAUCAACCUGAUGUUGAAUACGACAAUGAUCAGGAUGUCAUACCGAGGUCUUCCUUUGUGUUGGCUCGUAGAUCACCCAGCUUGCUGAAGCAUGGGAAGUUCAACAAUGCAUCACGUUACGUGAGUGGUAAGCCAAGGAUCCAGAGGAAGCAGCUUCAAAUGCAACUGCAAAAUGGUCUGCAACAGACUGGACAGCAAUCAGACAAACCAGUAGAUGAAAAUGUCUCUGAAGAAGACAGAAUCAAGCAAAUGUUCGAGAAUCAGACCAAUGCGUGGGCUCAAACCCAAGAUGAGCUCUCGACUCACAAAGUGGUGUACAACAAGCCGACGACAACUACACAAGCUGGUGGCACUGUAGCGCCUGAAGAUAUGCCACCUCCUGGUUACAUGUGCUACAGAUGUGGUGGUAAGGAUCAUUGGAUUAGGAACUGUCCAACGAACACAGACCCCAACUACGAAGGGAAGAAGAUCAAGAGAACAACGGGUAUUCCUAGGUCACAUUUGAAGACCAUUUCAAAAGAGGCGGCAGAGAAUAGCUCACUGAAUCCUGAUAGUAAGAUAACCACCAAUGAGAAUGGAGACUUGGUGGAUGCUCAGGGUAAUAUUUAUAUGAUAACUGACAGUGGGGAAUAUGUUAUUGCUGUGGCAGAUAGCAAGACAUGGAUGAACUAUCAGCAAAAGCAGACUAAUGCUGUGAACCAUGCCAAGCACGAAUACGAAUUGAAAUUGUUGGAGUGUGUAGAAAAAGAUGGGAAGUCUGAAUUUUUGGAUCCACUCUCGUCAACGAAGAAGUUGUUAAGGGCACCAGUAGUGAUGACACCAUGCUGCCAAACAAAGGAAAGCUUGAAGAAGAUGAGUAAUUUCAGUUAUAAUCAGCAAGAUUUGGAGCAAUUGCUUAUAGACAAUGACUUCCGCUGUCCAAACUGUGACAAAGACGAGGUGUAUUUGGAUACAUUGAUAAAGAAUGAAGAAUUGAUGAAGGAAAUGGAGGAGUACAUGAAAGAAAAGGAAAAGGAAUUGGGAAUUGAAAACCCAGAAACUGCCAGUGGUGAGAAGCGUGGAUUAGAAGGUGCUGAGGGAGGAGAUGCAAAGAGACAGAACACUGCGUUACCAUUGAGACCUGAUGGAAUGCCACAUACAUUACCGAAUGGAAUGCCUAUGCCACCAUUCAUACCAGGAAUGCCCCCCAUGCCUAUGUUUAUGCCUCCGAUCCCACCACCUUUCAUGCCACCAAAUAAGUAA